UGAAGGGACGCUCAGCAAUCUCAGACUUCUGCUUGGGAAGAUUUGUGAGAAUGCGGAGGCCUGAGGUCUCAACAGUCUCACCGUCGGCCCCUGCGGCUUCCCUCGCUUUGGGAGACCCUCGGUCUCAGGGUCCUUGCUAUAAUUUCGGACUCCAGGAGACUCCUCAGAGCGGGCCUUCAGCGCAGGCCUCUGCGUCCACCCCUUCUGGCACGUCUGCAGCCGCCGGCGACCGGAGCAGCAGCACAAGCCUCCCUCGCCACCCGCCUGGCGCCGGGCCAGCACUAGGUUCACACUUCAGGAAUAAAAGAUCUAAUGCAGAAAACACAUUUGCAUCAAAUUUUAAUUUUGGUACAAGCUCAUCUUCUACACGAGAUAGUAAUUAUCCUCAAAUACUGAAAACUCCAUUGUCUGCUGGAAAUCCCCAGAGAUCAGGUUAUAAAAAUUGGACACCACAAAUGGGAUAUUCAGCUCCAUCGUCAUCUGCAGUUUCAACAAACUCCCCAUCAGUUGUUGCAGCUGUUGUAGAAGGUAGAGGACUUGCCAGAGGUGAAAUAGGAAUGGCAAGUAUUGAUUUAAAAAGCCCACAAAUUAUAUUAUCUCAGUUUGCAGACAACACAACAUAUGCAAAGGUAAUCACUAAACUCAAAAUUUUAUCGCCUUUGGAAAUAAUAAUGUCAAAUACUGCUUGUGUUGUGGGGAAUUCAACUAAGUUGUUUACUCUGAUCACAGAAAAUUUCAAGAAUGUUAAUUUUACUACUGUCCAAAGGAAAUAUUUCAAUGAAACAAAAGGACUAGAGUACAUUGAACAGUUAUGCAUAACAGAAUUCAGCACUGUCCUAAUGGAGGUUCAAUCCAAGUAUUACUGCCUUGCAGCUGUUGCAGCUUUAUUAAAAUAUGUUGAAUUUAUUCAAAAUUCAGUUUAUGCACCAAAAUCACUGAAGAUUUGUUUCCAGGGUAGUGAACAGACAGCCAUGAUAGAUUCAUCAUCAGCCCAAAACCUUGAAUUACUAAUUAAUAAUCAAGACUGUAGGAAUAAUCACACACUCUUUGGUGUUCUAAAUUAUACUAAGACUCCUGGAGGAAGUAGAAGACUUCGUUCUAAUAUAUUAGAACCUCUAGUUGAUAUUGAAACCAUUAACAUGAGAUUAGAUUGUGUUCAAGAACUACUUCAAGAUGAGGAACUCUUUUUUGGACUUCAGUCAGUUAUAUCAAGAUUUCUUGAUACAGAGCAACUUCUUUCUGUUUUAGUCCAAAUUCCAAAGCAAGACACAGUUAAUGCAGCGGAAUCAAAGAUAACAAAUCUAAUAUACCUAAAACAUACCUUGGAACUUGUGGAUCCUUUAAAGAUUGUUUUGAGGAACUGUAGCACACCUUUAUUAAGAGCUUACUGUGGUUCCUUGGAAGAUAAGAGGUUUGGAAUCAUACUUGAAAAAAUUAAAACCGUAAUUAAUGAUGAUGCAAGAUACAUGAAAGGAUGCCUGAACAUGAGGACUCAGAAGUGCUAUGCAGUGAGAUCCAACAUAAAUGAAUUUCUUGACAUAGCUAGAAGAACAUAUACAGAGAUUGUAGAUGACAUUGCAGGAAUGAUAUCACAGCUUGCAGAAAAAUAUAGUCUUCCUUUAAGGACAAGUUUUAGCUCUGCUCGAGGAUUUUUCAUUCAGAUGACUACCGACUAUACAGCUCUACCCAAUAAUCGACUUCCUUCAGAAUUUAUUAAGAUAUCUAAAGUGAAAAGUUCUUAUACCUUUACAUCAGCAGACUUAAUUAAAAUGAAUGAAAGAUGUCAAGAAUCUUUGAGAGAAAUCUAUCAUAUGACUUAUAUGAUAGUGUGCAAACUGCUUAGUGAGAUUUAUGAACAUAUUCAUUGCUUAUAUAAACUAUCUGAUACUGUGUCAAUGCUGGAUAUGCUACUGUCAUUUGCUCAUGCCUGCACUCUUUCUGACUAUGUUCGACCAGAAUUUACUGAUACUUUAGCAAUCAAACAGGGAUGGCAUCCCAUUCUUGAAAAAAUAUCUGUGGAAAAACCUAUAGCCAACAAUACUUAUAUUACAGAAGGAAGUAAUUUUUUGAUCAUAACUGGACCUAAUAUGAGUGGGAAAUCCACAUAUUUAAAACAGAUUGCCCUUUGUCAGAUUAUGGCCCAGAUUGGAUCAUAUGUUCCAGCAGAAUAUUCUUCCUUUAGAAUUGCUGAACAGAUUUUUACAAGAAUCAGUACUGAUGAUGAAAUUGAAACAAAUUCAUCAACAUUCAUGAAGGAAAUGAAAGAGAUAGCUUACAUUCUACAUAAUGCUAAUAACAAAUCACUCAUAUUAAUUGAUGAACUUGGCAGAGGUACUAAUACAGAAGAAGGUAUUGGCAUUUGUUAUGCUGUCUGUGAAUAUCUGCUGAGCUUAAAGGCAUUUACACUGUUCGCUACGCAUUUCCUGGAACUAUGUCAUAUAGAGGUCCUGUAUCCUAAUGUAGAAAACAUGCAUUUUGAAGUUCAGCAUGUGAAGAACACUUCAAGGAAUAAAGAAGCAAUCUUGUAUACCUACAAACUUUGUAAGGGACUCACAGAAGAAAAAAAUUAUGGAUUAAAAGCUGCAGAGGUGUCAUCACUCCCAUCAUCAAUUGUCUUGGAUGCCAAAGAAAUCACAACUCAAAUUACGAGACAGACUUUGCAAAACCAAAGGAGUACCCCUGAGAUGGAAAGACAGAGAGCUGUGUACCAUCUAGCUACUAGGCUUGUUCAAACUGCUCGAAACUCUCAGUUGGAUCCAGACAGUUUACGAAUGUAUUUAAGUAAUCUCAAAAAGAAGUAUGAAACAGAUUUUUCCAGGGCUGAACAAGUUUCAGGAAAGACUGAAGAAUAGUAACAAUUUAUAUCAUGUACAAAUCAAAUAGUAUAUGUUCAUAUAGGGAAACUAGGAUUCAAUUUUCCUAAGAGCAAAAGAAAAUAUUUGCUUAAUUUUAUAUCUUAA